GCAAGGAAGAGCGACUAAUUCAAAUCUCGUUGACUAAAUUUUCUCUCGAGUUUGUUCAGCUACCAAUACUGUUGACAACCAUCAUAGUGAACACUUAUUGUCUUGUCGUUGUUCUGAGUAAAAAAGAACUGCGAACUAUGGAUUAUUUUCUAGUUUCGUUCCAAUCUGUGGCAGACUUGGUGUUCUCUGGUUAUUUGGGUCUGUUUUUCUUCUUCUAUGACAUGUUUCUAGCACUCAAUGCAAACUGCAAGUCGUUUACUGAAGAAAUACACUUGCAACAACAAGUAUUGGGAUGUGAACUUAAAUACAGCUCAAUGAAAACGAUAUGCGACUUCGUCAAUAAACCGGGAUAUGGUCGUCAAAUUGUAUCACUUGGAUCUGACUAUUACGACUACAUCUUAAGGUUCGACUAUUCUUCAGAUGAUUAUUCACCAAUCAGACUUGUAUGGUUCAGAGUACGAAACUUUUGGAAAAUUUUGAAAUAUAUUCCGGAUUAUUUCUCAUUCUGGUCGCAGACAUUCACUAUCUCAGCAAUUGCUUUGGAACGCUAUAUUCUAAUUGUUCAUGGAAGCCAAGCAAAAACAAUUUUGAGCUCAAGACGCAGAAAUAUUCUAUAUGGGUUAACCGUUGCAGCUAGUUUACUAGUUCCAUUUUUAUAUAUACCAGAUUAUUUGAUCACCCAGUUUUUUCUAACAGAAUACGACUGGUUGACUCAAGAAACAAUUUACGAAACAGCUCAAACGAAUGAGACGAAUCAGAUGAAUGAGAUGAAUGCGGCGAAUCAGAUGAUUGUCGAGAAAAACUCUCAUUUUGCUCAAGUGUUGGUCGAAACAACCUGCAACGAUUGCAUUCAAUCGGAUCUAUUCCUCAAAACAAUCUUACCUGCAACUGUGUUCCUCCCCUUGCUAGUAAUAUCCGGCUUUCUUUACCAGAAAACUUCAACAAAUCUCACGGAACUGAAACAAGUUGAGAGAAAAGAACUUUUGGCGACAUCGUUCAAGAUCUUGUGGGUCGGUUGGGUAAUCUGCGUCACGCCGUAUACCAUUAAAGCGUCUCUAUAUUCUUUGUUCAAGUGGGACUCCGAAAUCGAUGAAUACACCGGCGACGCAAGCUACGUUGAUUUUUACUGGUUUCUCAUAUAUAUGGUUUACGGAGGCUACCAUGAAGGCGAGAGUUUGGCCAAUCAAAGAGAGAAAUAUGUUCAGCAUCGCGCCAACUUCAUUUUGGAGACUUUAUUUCGAUCGCUGAAAAUUUCCUACAGCUUCAUCAAUUCUAUUUUGCUGAUAGUUCUUCUGAAACCAUUCAAUCAGCCUUUGAUCAAAACGUACAAGAACCUAGUUGCAUAUUUGAAGCAAUCCUUGAAAAAUUGCCGAAGCGAACAAGUGUUUGAUGACAAUUAUCCCUAAAUAAGUUCUUAUAUCCAGUUUGAUGCACCAUUGCUGUCUUCACAAAGUUUU